AUGAGCUCCCGCACUGCUGUCCUCCUCAUUGAUCCCCUCAAUGACUUUCUCCACCCCGAUGGAAAGUUGUAUCCCACCAUCAAGGCUAGCUUGGAGGCGACCAAUUCUUUCGAACAUAUGAAGGAGCUGGUUGCCGGCGCAAGAGCAGCCCACAUUCCUAUCUUCUACGGUCUUCAUCAAAUCACCAAGGAUGGAACUUAUUCAGGCUGGAAUCACAUGAAUGCGUCUCUGAUCAAAAUUAAACAAAAUGCGGCCUUUUCCGAGGACUUCGGUGGCCAGAUUCUGAAAGAAUUGGAGCCUCAGCCUAGCAACGGCGAUGUAGUUGUCUCUCGACACUGGAACAGCAGUUCCUUUUCGAACACCGACCUGGAGUACCAACUCCGGCAGCAUGAUAUUACUCACGUCGUGAUAGCGGGGUUAGUGACCAACUCAUGCGUGGAGUCUACUGCGCGGGCUGCUCGUGAACUUGGCUUUCAUGUCACUUUGAUUACCGAUGCAACUGCCGCAUUUUCGAUAGAGUUGGAAAAGGCAGCAGUCAAUCUAGUUUGGCCCUUGAUUGCAGAUCAGCUUAUGACGGCCAAACAGUGGGUAUCCUCCUUCUCAAAGGGGCGUAUCUAG